GGAAAAAACCCUUACAGAUAUUUGCCAUGGCUACCAGCUAGUAGUACAAGCAGGGCAAGUUAUGGAAAAUGAGCCACAAGCCAGCACCUCAAGAAAUCUGGAAUCGAGUCUCCUUCAUCCUGGCUUGCCCCAUGAUCAUCUUCUGGAUCCAAAGGAUGACGACAGCCAACAAGACGAGGACAAAACUUCCCAGGACACACUAAGUGACCAGGAUGAUACUGGCUGGACUUCAAGAGCAAAAGCUCCCUCAGUGCCAGCUAUGUCAACGAGGUCACAGAGGCAGAGGCAGGCAGCACCAGCAAGCUCGAUGUCAAGAAGAUCAAGGAAGCAGAGGCAGACACCAUCAGCAAGCUCUAGCAGAAGGACUGAAGAUUGCCGGAGAAGUACUAGGCUUCGAAGAAAAUGAGUCCAGCCAUGAUGAGAUCAAGACAACACUGACAGAGGCCAAAAUAAAGUUGGUUAAUGAUGUUGCAGUGAAUGUUCUGAUAUCAGGUUAUAACGUUGGACUUUCUUCUUUCUUUUUUAUUCCUCAGAAGGACUGAAGAUUGCCGGAGAAGAAGUAGGCUUCGAAGAAAUGAGUCCAGCCAUGGAAGUGCAUGAAGCAUAGCAGCGAUGAUGAGAUCAAGACAACACUGACAGAGGCCAAAUAAAGUUGGUCAAUGAUGUAUCAAGAAAAGAUGGCCUCAUACCAGAAGGAAAACCGCACUCCAUUGGGCUGCAAGUAUUGCAUGAGAAUGCAAGGAAAGCUGUCGGUUCACCUCCGCAAGGUGUGCAUGAAAACAGCAACUGAAGCUGAAAUCACCCAAGAGGUGGAGGAAGCAAAGAAGAGAAUGCGUAAAGUUGCGGAGUCUUUGAGUAUUGUCUUCUAUGACAGCGUCAAUGACAAGAAGAGUGGAUUUUCCAGUGCACAAGAGUUCUUUGUAGAUUUUUUGGAGCGUCAUGGAUGCAUUGUAGCAGAAAAACCAUCUGAAAAGCAACCAUCUGAUGAAGUUACUGAACAGGAUCAGAGUAGCUCUGUAACCCUAAGAAGAAAAUUGACUGAGGCUGGUGUCCACAAGAAGCAUGAUGUGAAUUCUCAAAUGUUUCUGAACUUCAGAGAAUACCUGGCAAUUCAGUUCUCAGAGUUGGGCAUAAGGCAAAUGGUAGAAAAUGUUUCCCGCUACUUAUAUUUCAUGAGCCCGGAUGAGAUCUCUUUGGGAUUUCUCAAUGAUCCAGAGAAAACCAAACUAUUUGUGAGCACCCACUUGCGUUUGAAGACGACUAUAAGCACCAUCAAAAAUUAUCUUAACCAUAUCCAGCAGUUCACUAGAUUUGUGAUUUCAGAAAACUUCCAUGAAACCAUUGGGGAGGACACCAAAGAGUCUGCCCAGGCCUUCCUUGCAGAACUGAAGAACAUAAAUGAAGAGAUUAACCAGAAAUUCAACAAAAAGCCACAAAAAAUCGACAGACAUCUAAACCCUAUGGAUUGCCGCAGAGUACUAGCAGCAGCAAAGCCCCAUGUGGUAAACAUGUUCUCUCGGUCAGUCGGAGAUUGUGGACUAGAUGACAAAGAUAAGACCAUCACAUGCUACUACCUUGAAGCUUUGCUGAUUCUUAAUCAUCUUCGCAAACCAUCUGUGGUCCAAAACCUGAUGGUUAAAGAUUGGCUGGAGAGGAAAUAUACCACCUAUUUUGAUGGAAGCACCAAAAAGAGGGUCUGCAUUGUGAAAACACAAGGGACUGCUAUUGCGCUUACGGAUGAAGAGGAGCUGCUGUUCAGCAUAUACUUUAAAGAUAUCCGACCAACCCAACUGGCAAAGGAAUCAAAGACAGUGGAGUUCUUUGUGUCGUGCAAAGGAAAACGAGUCACAAAUCCCUGCAAUGACUUAAAGAGACUCCAUGAGAAGUUUAAGAUGCCUGUAGUAUCUGGAAAAGAGGCAAUAGAGGCAUUUGAUCAGUGGGCUGAUGACAAUCUAUGCCAGGAAGAUAGAGACACUGUUAAUAAUUAUAUCCACCUGGACAUCAGCCGACUCGGAUUCAGUAAAAAUGCAGUUAUCCAGGGUAUGCAUAUUCUCACCACAUUGAGUGGUGGAAAUGAAACUGAGAGCAGUGGACCGUCUCAUAAAAAGAGGAGGAGAGAAGGAGAAGAAGAAGAAUCAGAAGAAGAUCAAGAAGAAGCAGAAGAGGAAGGAGGAGCGGAAAGCACUGCAAGCAUUGAAGACCUUGUAGACCUUAAAGAGGAGAGCUUCAAAAGAUUACUUCAAAUAUAUCCUUUAGGCCUCAACCAGUCCCCUCCAUCCUUAAGUGUAUGUAGGCAGGCCAGCCAACUCAAUGCACAAUACUGCCUGGAUAAAUGGAGACGAACACAAUAUACAGAUCGUAUCAAGGAUGUUGUUGAUCAUUUCAGGAAUCUUCCCAGCAAAGAACAAGUGAAGGCUUAUAUGGAACAUCAGGCCUGGGACACCAAUGUGCCAAGAACAUUUGACAUUCUGCAGGCCUGGAGACCUCAAGAACCGAGAAGAAAAGAGGACACUAUGGAACAUGUUAAAGCUUUAAUAGACUCCCAGGAGUGGCCAGGACUUGUUGCAGUGGAGGAUAAAAAAACAGGUGGUCACUCCCUUAAAACCAGUCGGGUUUUUCAGAAAGGAGAGAUUGUAUGUGACUAUCACGGAGUCUUAAUGGACGGCAAGGAGGCUGAGGAGCUGCAAAAAACAUUGACUGAUGAGAAAUGCUAUAGCUUCUUCUUCCAGGACAAAGGGAAGAAGAUGUGCAUAAAUGCGACAAAUAUACCUUGCCUGUGCCACCAAGACAUGUUGUCGACUUUUGGGAGGCUGAUUAAUCAUUCAUGCAAAAGAGCAAAUCUAAAACCUGUGGUGAAACAUAUUAAGGACGGAAAACAGCCAGUUAUUCUCUUUGAGGCCAAGAGAAACCUGCCACCUGGCACAGAACUGUUAUUUGACUAUGGUGUCCGUAAAAACUCAUUUGGUGAAGGAAAAGAUCUAAGUUGGCUUGAAACUUGACCUCAUGCUACUUUAUUUAUUGUAUGUUUGAAUUUAUUGUUAUAAUAAAUAAUGCUAUGAUUUGUCAAAGUGUAAUAUUAAGAUAAUUGGGGAGAUUUACCAAUCAGCCUUAAACCCUACAUGUCCUUUUUCUCACAGCAAACAAUCACAGCUCAACUUCUAUAUUUUAACAAAGCUCUGGUAAUGUGAAAGUUGAGCUGUGAUUGGUUGCUGUGAGAAAAAACAGACAAGAAGGGUUUCAGGCUGAUUGAUAAAUCAGUAUAUUCUUGUUAAAAUGUUUUUUUCACCAUUCUGUUAAUUAUUCUUAAAUUAUUGAACUGUUGUUAGAUUCGAUUCACUCAUCUUUAAUUAUGAUGUUUUU